AUGGCUUCCGAUUUAGUACCUUCAAGCGGCUACUCCAGAGCUACCGGAACCUAUUACAGUAAAAGAGAUCCCGUCCCUCUUCCUCUACCAAAUCAGCACUUAGAUCUCACCACUUAUGUCUUCUCCCACAAACACAACACAGAAACAGCCUUCAUUGAUGCUGAAUCCGGUGCGCAGCUCUCCUACAGAGCACUACGCCACAACAUCAGAGCCCUGGCCACGGGCCUGCAGCGGCUGGGGAUUCGAAAGCGCGACGUGGUGCUCGUUAUUUCGCCCAACACCAUACAUGUCCCCUGCAUAUACUUGGCCAUAGUCUCCAUCGGAGCCAUUGUAACCACCGCCAAUCCACUCAACACAGAGGCCGAGAUACGAAGGCAGGUCGCGGAUUCGAAUCCCGUCCUGGCCUUCGCAGCUCCAGAAUCCGCUCACAAGGCCCGUGCGGCCCAACUGCCUGUCGUUCUCACACAGAAAACGAACCCAAUCGCAAAUGAUUCUGGAUAUGUGGCUACGCUUCACGAGCUCUUUCAGUCCGAUGUCGAUGACUUCCAGUCAGUCGACAUACAACAGGAGGACAACGCCACGUUUCUGUACUCGUCAGGGACAACAGGGAAGAAUAAAGGAGUGAUUGCCACUCAUAGAAAUCACAUUGCUAUGGUGGCGGGGAUUCUACAGAGGACUGAACCAGAAAAGAAUGUCGUUUUGUGCAUUGUGCCAUUGUUUCAUGUCUAUGGAUUUUUCUACUCGAUUUGUACCGUUGCCAGGGGUACAACUCUGGUUUUGAUGGCCAAAUUUGACUUUGCCCAGAUGCUUGCUAACGUCGAGCGCUACAGAAUAAUUAGUCUGGCUGUUGCUCCGCCGAUUUUUGUGGCCUUAACGAAAUCGCCGAUUGUUGCGAAAUAG